AUGGCGCACAUCACAGUCGCUGCUCUCCUCCUCGCGGCCUUUGCCCCGUGGCCCCCCGUGCACGCCGUGCUCUACAGUUUCGGCAUCGACAGCGACAAGAUUGAAAGUGACAAACGCAUUGCAUGGUGUGACGAUCAGCAACAGACCUGCAUUACACUAUGCGGAUUCAACCACGCCCCGGUGAAUAGCUGCGACAACGUGUCCUUGUACUACAGCUGCGAAUGCAAUUGGGUUCAGGGACAACCAAACAUCAAACCAAAUAUGACCGACUGGGCCCGUACCAUACCCACACACAUAUGCCAGGAGGCUUUCUCACGCUGCUACAAUGCCGCCGCCGACGACGCUGCAAGGCAGAAGUGCUUUGACGACAUUCAGACUAAAUGCAGCUUCCGCGAACCCACCCUGCUCAACGCCGUCGACCUGGCCUCCGGCACCACACCAAGUUCCGUGAUCGCAGGCGCGGCUACAUCUACGGUCAUCACCACUAGUGUGGAUUCCUCGUCCUCAGGAGUCAUGUCCGUAGUUCAGUCCUAUAUCCCAGACGCUUCAGUAGCAUCAGCGCCCGCGAGUAUUGCCCUAGCACCAAUCAUUGCCGGCUCUGUCGUGGGUGGUCUUGUCGUCGUGAUUGCGGUGGCAUGCCUCUUUUACUGGCUUGGGAGCCGACGGCGCCGUCGCUCUCCCAGCGACAAGGAUCGCCAGCCACCAAUAUCGUUUGGGCCAUCUCAACCCAAGCCGAGUGAGAGCAGCAUCCUUAGUGAUACCGUUAUCGACCGCAUAACUGUUGACAAGCAAGACUCGGCACAAACGAGCAGCAUUCAUAGCGACAACGGCAGUGGCAGCACUGAUAAGUCGGACGUGCAGAAGACCUUGAUCACAGAAAAGACGAAUGGCCACGAAAUGGUCAGAGACCUCAGUGCUUCUUCUCCGCUCGACGACGAAAUGUACUUUGACACGGCAAAGUAUAGGAUGCCACCACCUACCAAAGACCCAUGA